AUGAAGAAGUACUCUAGGACUGACAACCUCAAAGGGUUCCUUCUUGAAAUACGGAAGUACGACAGUGUAAACAACGACUCUACAUUUCUCUGCAGAAUACUUGAUUUUUCUUCCACAAGGUUCACUGCAAGCGAUGAGGAGCUGACGUUUCAGAAGAAACUGGUUGGAUUCUCUGGCGGGUCACACCUGCUGUAUCAGUUGGAUCUAACAUCUCUUCCACGUCACUUACCAGAUGUCAGACUGACCAAGUUCUUCACACUGCAGCCUUUCCAAAAGGGAUCGGACAUAUCCGCAAGUAACUGGGCGCCAUUUAUAUCCUAUGAUCAGGUGAACUUCACUGCACCUGCAACUAUCGAGGCAAGGUUCAGCCUAGCACCUGCCAGAUAUUACUUCAGCCAAUACACAGUGAUGCUGGUUCCAACUGGCGACAGUCUUAAUGCCAUAGCUACCUGCCACGUAUCGUUAACAUCAGUUUACAAGUGUCAGGACAGAAUACAACCAGUAGAUCCUUACAGCAUGGAUGACAGCAAGUGUUUGUGUUAUGCUUCUGUUGCUAAUGGUAACAGGAUGUGCCAGGGCUGUCUCGACACGCUUACUACUAUAUUUACUGUUGUCCAAAGUGCAACCACCACCAACACAACCGUUGUCCCAGUUGUUCCUGCUGUUCCAGUGGACCGUGUUGCCAGCAUAGUAGGACCUGUAUUCGGUGUUGUUAUGGGAGUCAUAGUGUUGGUCAUACUGGGAGCUUUACGGAUAAAUCGUUACCUUAAAGUUCGAGACGGACAACGUCUUCUGGAACAAUGGCAGAAUCGAAAUAAUAAUCAAGGAAAGAAGGUUAUACUACUGAAUACUGAAGAUCACCAGUACCACACGAAAGUCGUUUCGGAGUUCGCACUGUUCCUGCACAACUCUUGUGGAUGCAGUGUAUCCUACCUACCUUGGGAGAAGGGGAAAUUGCAAGAGGAAAAUGCUGAAGCAUGGGUACUUGAGCAUAUGGAUGAAUCAGACUUCAUCAUUGUUAUCAAUUCAAGAAUCGCAUUUGAGACAUAUGAAGCAAGGAGCCGAGAUACUACUGAACAGAGUGUAUUCAACACAGCCAUAUCUCACAUGCAUGCCAAAAAGACGGAUGGUGCAUAUUUUCAGCGCUUUCUGUUUAUCCAUUUUUCUUAUACAGAAGAGCAGUUCUUCAUCAAGGAUAUUAAUCCUGCAGUGGAGUAUCAAAUGCCGGAACAAUUGCCUCCGCUAUUAGAUCAUAUCCAUGGGAUGCAGUCUGGAGAAGAUGCUGAAAAGAAUGCCCACGCUUCUCUGAAAAAUAUAUCUGAUUUCAAUAAACUUCAAGAGCUAAUUACAAAGUCAAAGAAAUAUGAAAAAGCUAACCCGCAAUGGUUCGUUUCAGAACAGAUCCAAGAAGCGGGAGGUGCAGACCUUGGUGACAAUUUUUGUUCUGUGUCACAGGCUAGCGGAAAUGCUCUACCAAGAUUCAACACACUUGACCCUCAUCAAACCGAAUGUUUGAGAGUAGUUCAAAAUGAUCAAUCUCGCUAUGGUCAACGUUAUCUUGCACACGAAUCAAAGUUAAAAAUAGAGAACGAAGGUCAAAAUCUGGAUAUCAUACGUGACAGUUCUACAUCGGAAGAACCCGGUAAAACUCGUGACUGUUCUGCCUUGCAUGCGGACGAGGUAAGAGGCAUUCUGCCCCCAAGUGAUGUAACUAGCGACAAUGCUACAAGUCAACUGGAGAAAAGACUUGCUGUUCUCACCAAUCGUAGUUUUGAGCAUAUGGACCCGACUGUGGUCUCAUCUACUUCUCCUGAGUUUGGUGCUAAGCUUUCGUGGAAAGAUGGAGGCAGCAUGUUGCCUCCAAGUGAUGUAACUAGCGACAUUUCUACAAGCCACCUGGAGGAUAGGUUUGCUGUUCUCACCUUGCGCAGCUUAGAUCAAGUGGAACCAACUGUGGACACAUCUAAACCUUCGAACUUAGGUGCUUAUGUUUCAAGGGAUGAUGGGAGUAGCAUUGUGCCUCCAAGUGAUGUAGCUAGCGACACAGCCACAAGCCGUCUGGAGAAAAGGCUUGCCAUGCACACCUUGCAUAGCUUAGAACUUAUGGACCCGGCUCGAGACUCAUCUACUUCUCCUCAAUUUGGUGCUUAUGUUUCAAGGGAUGAUGGGAGUAGCAUUGUGCCUCCAAGUGAUGUAGCUAGCGACACAGCCACAAGCCAGCUGGAGAAAAGGCUUGCCAUGCACACCUUGCAUAGCUUAGAACUUAUGGACCCGGCUCGAGACUCAUCUACUUCUCCUCAAUUUGGUGCUAAUGUUUCAAGGGAUGAUGGGAGUAGCAUUGUACCUCCAAGUGAUGUAGCUAGCGACACGACACAAGCCACAAGCCAGCAUAGCUUAGAACUUAUGGAGAGACUCAUCUACUUCUCCUCAAUUUGGUGCUAA